AUGAGCAUCCUCCAGGCGUUGCUUCCCGUCAAGACCCCACUCCUUCGCCAAUGCGAAGAUCGACUCAAGAUCUUCUGUCGAGGGAUUCGGCUAGCGCUAGCUGCGUCCUCAAUGUCGCAAGUGAUCUUCAUACCGGUCCAGGUGGCAUCCUCUGACCACGACAGUCGAAACGUCUCCAGCAAGGUCCUGAAGGCCGCUAAAUCCUUCGAAGAAACCGACACCUCUCCUGGCUGCUCUCCGUCCAGAGCAACGCUUCACGCCGCCCUGCGAUGUGAUGGGUCCUUCGACGGAGGUGCAGUUAAGGUUGUCGGGGCGGUGGAGCCAGCUACCCGGCUUCCGGCUCGCUGA